CAUUCGACCACCCACCACACACGUGCCACCAACCACACCAACCACACCAACCACACACACACACAUCCCCACAACCAACCAUGACGACCCGUGUGAUGACCAUUGAGGAUGACGACCCCAUCGUCAACGAGGAGGAGGAGAACGAGGAGGAGGAAGAGGAGGAGAACAAGCUCCUCAGCCGCGGCCCAACAAAGGCGUCCAAGAAGGGCAAGCAAAAGGGCGACGCCGCCUCUGGGUUUGACCCGGAGUUUUCAUUCGAGACCACCGACCUGGACGACGCAUACAACGAGACCCUGGCCGCCGCCACGGAGGAAGCAGACCGUGUGCCGCUGCAGAACCGCAUUGACCUGCUCUUGGAGCGCCGCAAGAAGCGCCUCGAGGCAGAAAUGAAGGCCAAACAGGAAGGAGGAGAGACAGAGGAUAAUGAGGGGAGCGAAAAUGAGGAUGAGGAUGGCGAAGAGGUGCUGGUGGACAAGGCGAGCACGCCCAUGGCACCACUGCCCAACUUGGACGACCUCGAGGACAGCGAUGACGAAAUCGACGAAGAGGAGGAGCAGCUCCGCAAAGAGUUCUUCUCAGAUACGCCAGAGGUGGAUGUGUCUGCCGUGUCGAGCUUCAGCGACCUCAACCUCAGCCGCGCCCUGCAGGUUGGGCUGACCGGCAUGGGCCUCCACAAGCCAACGCCAAUCCAGGCACGUGCCAUCCCGAUUGGACUGAUGGGGAAGGACAUGUGCGCGUGUGCGGCGACUGGCAGCGGCAAAACUCUCGCGUUUCUCAUCCCUGCACUCGACCGCCUCUCGUACAAGCCGCCCGGCCCGUCUGUGACGCGCGUGCUGGUGCUGGCACCGACGCGUGAGCUCGCCAAACAAGUGCACGAGAAUGCGUGGAAGCUCUCUGCCAUGUUCCAAUCGAGCAAGAAAGGGCUCAACAUUUCGUGCGCCCUCAUCAUGGGAGGCAACAAGCUGCAAGCUGAUCUCCCGAUCAUCAAGGCCCGCCCAGACGUCAUUGUCGCCACGCCAGGCAGGCUCGUCGACCACAUCGAGAACACGCCAGGGUUUGACCUGAGCACGGUGGAGAUUUUGAUCCUGGAUGAGGCGGACAGGCUGCUUGAACUCGGGUUUGAGGAUCACUUGAAGUCCAUUGUCAAGUCGUGCAAACCAGACAGGCAAACCAUGCUCUUCUCAGCCACCAUGACAGCGAGCAAACCGCUGUCAAAGGCGAAGCGGCGGAUGGAAAUGGGAUUUGACCUCGACCUCGCAGACACAUCCAAGCGAGCGAAAACGGAGGCAAAGGCCAAGAGCUCGCUGCUCAAGAAGAAGUCAUCGGCAAAGAAGCGGCAGUUGGCUUCGGACGCGAGCAAACGCAAGAAGGGCCCGGGCCGACGCGGAUCAAAGUUCAAAUCAAAGACAAAGCACAAGCGUCGUUGAAGUUGCAGCUCGCCAUGUCACUUCUUGCCUUCUUUGUGCAUACAUAUACGUGUAUGUAUCUUCGUCUGUGGCCUUGCGUGUUUGUUUGUGUGGCUGGUUGGACGCGCAGGAGUUGUGGUUCACUGUCGUUUACACAAGAGAUUAGAGAUGCCAAGAACAGCCAAUAACAAUUCAACAGCAGACUGUGGCACUGCAAUGCA